UCAGAAUUCAGUUGAUUGCCAGUCAAACAGAGAACGCAGCAAUAUUAUUUUUUAAAAUGGCUAAUAAUACUGCAUCAGAUUGCAUUGAGACAGACAUCAUUUUGGAAAACUAUUACCUUCCGACAAUGUACAGCAUAGAAUUUAUUUUGGGGCUGGUUGGGAAUGUAAUUGCUAUCUGUGGCUACAUCUUCUGCCUGAAGGACUGGAAAAGUGGCAACAUCUACCUCUUUAACCUGUCCCUGUCAGACCUGAUCUUUCUAUGCACCCUGCCCAGACUGGCGAUGACCUAUGCCAAUAAUAAGAAGACGGUGUCGUCUAGCUAUUUCUCCCUCAGUAACAGGUACAUCCUGCACCUAAACCUGUAUUCAAGCAUUCUCUUCCUUACCUGGAUCAGCAUUGACAGAUACUUGCUUUUGAAGUUUCCAAUGAGACAACAUAUUUUACAAAGAAGGAGUGCUGCAAUUUGCAUUUGCCUUUUAAUUUGGGUACUGGUCACACUGCAAAUAGUGCCAAUCCUUACCUUUAUUAAUAACAAUGAUGGCAACAGUACAGAAUUCAAUGAUUAUGCAAGUUCCGGUGAUCCAUUUAAAAGUCUAAUUUACAGUCUUUCUCUUACUGUCACUGGCUAUCUUAUUCCCCUGACCGUCUUGAGCAUUUUCUAUGUAAAGAUAGCCACAUUUCUGAAGAUUAAAGACAGUCAGUUUCAGCAUGCUGUGUCAUUUCAACGACCCAGAGCACUUGUUUGUCUGGCGGUUGUUAUUUUUCUCUUGCUCCUAACACCAUAUCAUGUCAUGAGAAAUGUUCGAAUUGCCUUAAGAAUGAGAACAGACUACACAAAAUGCACAGUGAUUCUGAUAAACAGCUUGUAUAUCAUAACUCGACCGAUUGCCUUCUUGCACAGUGUUAUCAACCCCCUUUUCUAUUUUUUGAUGGGGGAUCGUUUUAGAGAAGCACUGUUGAAAAAAAUAAGAGGUGUUUUUGAAAGAAGCUCAGAAGUUGAAAUGGAACAGAUAUAGAAAGGUGUAGCUUUCUUGUAUAUUUAUUUAACAACAAUACAGGUUGAACUCUGUCCUGCAUGAGAGGCGAUUCAGGCCACACUAUUAGCAUUCUUUUAUGUCUCAGCCUGGUACAUAUCAAGGGAACCUGGAAAUGUGCAAAGCUUGAAUUUUUACUUUAUGAUGUCAUUGGUUGAACUUCACACAGUACUGUAGUGAUAAAACUGUAGCUGAAAGUAAAACCACAAUUUUUGCAUACUUUUUCUUUUACUUUGUUAACAGUGGAACUCAUGAUGUUCAUAAAUCAUAUUUGAAUUUGUAUGAGGUUAUAAUGUACACAUCCAUCAAUGAUAGAGCACAUUCACAAUGAACUAGAGCCAUGGUGUUACAUGGCAAUGUAAUGGCUCUACAGUUCCCAUCUAUAGGUAAUUAUCUUUUUUUUUUUUUUGUGACGGUCAUAUAGCAGUAAAUCCUUAAGGAUGGGUAUCUCAUACAUGCAAUAUACAAAACUAUUUGCAUGCCCAGUGCUACAGAAUAUUACAUAUACAGCUGUAGUCAAAAGUUGACAUACCCCAAUGGAAAAUUGUAAUUUCUAGACAUUUCUCGAAAACAAAUAAUUAUAGGAAAAAUCUUUUGUAGCAAAGUUUUGCUUUUGUGGACGAGGCAAAAAAGUUACAAGAAAUAGAUGUCUACAAUUAUUUAUUUGAGCAAUUGUUUUGCAAAACUCCAAAAAAUGCAAAUUCAAAAGUAUUCAUAACCUGACAAGGAAAAUGAAAUUAAUAGCUAGUAGCUAGUUGAGGCACCUUUAGCAAUAAUAACCUCUUUUAACGAUUAGGACAUUUGUCAAUGAGCUUUUGGUAUGAUUCUUUAUUGAUUUUUGAUCAUUCUUCAAUGCAGAAUUCCAUUGGGGUAUGUAAACUUUUGAGUACAGCUGUGUGUGUGUGUAUAUAUAUAUAUAUAUAUAUAAUAUUGUUACGUAACUGAUUUAUUAAAAUGUUUGGAUAUACUGAAACUUGAUUGAUUACUGCCUUGUUCACAGUCAUCAUA